UUUCCAAAGGCAGGUAAAUUAAAAAGAACACCGCGGCUGUUUGCUUGGGUGUUUUCCCCCUUACUCUCCGAUUGUUGGCGGCACGACGCACAAAACUGCUUUGCGCACGCAAAUGUUUUGAGAAAGAGGAUGAAUGCAUGUAUAUGCCCAUUAGAUGAUCAAUCUACACUCUCUCAUCACCAUCAUUCACUCCCAAUCCCGACUCCCCUUCACUUUCAUUUUAUUUGCAUUCGUGCAUUUUAUCGAUUGACAAACAACAAAGAUCUGUGAUCUCACCUUAAAAACACGUUAAACACAAAUUCACCAUGAAGACCACAUUUGCUACAGUUGCUGCCCUCCUAAUCGGCGCAUCCACCGUUAUGGGCGCUCUUUCACCUGCACCAACACCUCAUCGUCACAUCAAACGUCAACAAUGGCCUGACGGAGUUGACCUUUCAAAAAUGUUGGCAGAUCCAAGUGCUUAUUUGGAAAACGUUUCGUCCGUUUUGAAAAACCAAAAGAAUGCACAAAAAUACGUCGAAAUGUGGGCAAGCGCGACAAAACAACCUGAAUUCGCAAAAUCUAUUUCUCAAGCUUUGGUCAGUGAAUUUGGUACAAUGACUGCACGUAACGCUAUGGCUCAAUAUUCAAGCGUUCUUGAAGAUUGUGAAUCUUCAAGCUCUGCAGCUGCAGCCGCCGCAGAAGCAACAACACAAAAUGCCGCCCCUGUAAACAACGCAGACGUACAGAGUAGCACCACCGAUGCAGGAUCAUCUGGAUCAUCCGUUCAACAACAAGUUUCCAACAGAGUCACAAGUGGUGCUUCUUCCUUUGCUUCUCCGUCUACUUUGGCCGGUAUGGCUUUCGCUGCCGUUCCAGCCGUUUUGGUUGCAAUUCUUUAAACGGGUUUAAAUCACAGAUCGAUUCACAUACACACAUUUAUCAUACAAGUCAAUUUACGACAAAAUCGUUUGUCCACCUUCUGUCACUCAUUCAUCUCUUUUCUCGGGUCUCUUAUAUCAAUUUGCUUUCACCCCCUUUUGGCGAUUCUCUCAAUCGUUCAUUGCGGGAUGCUGCCCCCUGUGCCGGUCACCAAUCUUUCUAUACACUCGCUUCCUUUACCUUCUUUAAGCACGGAUGACAUUUUUGUUUCUUUAUUUAUAUGUUCAUCUGAUCUCACUCUUCUCAACGUACACUAUAACUCCAUCAAAAUUCUUCUUGAUGCUUCAUCCUUCUUUGCUCCUUGCUAUCAUUCACUUGCAUCGAUUGUACUAUUGCUAGUCAGGCGCUCAAUUUACUUCUUUUUAUUGGG